UAUUCAUUUACUAAUUAUGUUUUGUAAUAUACGGUUAAUGUUUAGUGGGAUUUUAAUUAUCUACCUACAUGUGCAGGUUUCAUCAGCUACGACAGCUGAUUACAAUGAUCCAUGUACAGAUUAUGACAUAAUAGAAAGUCACUACAACAGAACUGUCAAUUACACCUUACAAAGCGAUGACGAGGAUUUCUGUGAAACUGAAUAUAUACUACCAGGCUGGUAUAGAUACCAAGAUUUACAAAACAUACCGACAAAACCACCGGCACCGGGACAAUGUGGAUCAUCAUCUCCUAUAUGGUUAAAUGGAUCGUAUCCGAAGACAUAUAGUGAAUAUCGUACGUUAAAGGCCUGUCGAGUAGGAACUACUUCAGACUGUGAAGACAGCUGGGAUGUUACUGUCGUCAAUUGUAUGACAUACAAUGUUGCGUACUUAGUACCAACACCGGGCUGCGGACGAUAUUGUAUGGAAUCCGAUAAAGACUAUAAGAUGUCUACAGAACAAGAUUGGAUGUACCCGUGUUACAGCCAUAGCAUCAUACCAAAUGAUUACGAUAGAGCAGUGGAUUAUACACUGAUGGAUGGAGAAACAGAAUACUGUGAUAAUAUUACAUCGGGAUGGUAUGGGUAUAUGGGAUAUGAGAAUGUUCCUACAAAACCCCCAAAACCUGGACAGUGUGGAUCAUCAUCUCCUAUAUGGUUUGAAGGAAAAUAUCCAUCGUAUGGAAUGACAUCUACCAUGAAAGCCUGCACAGUUGGAGAAUCGUCUAUUUGCAGCAAAAGUUGGAAUGUUACAGUAUUGAACUGCGGCUAUUUCAAUGUAGCAAAAUUGCCAGAUUUAGAUGUUUGUGCUAGGUAUUGCAUGGAAUCAAAGAAUAGUUCCGGCUGGAAUUUUAACUCAUCACAGUGGUAUUCUGGAAUGCAUACAUCUCCUUCAUUCAACAAUUCCUACAACGUACCAUCUUCCCCGUCAUACUACGACGACCCGUGUUACACUUAUAGCAUCAUGCCAAAUGAUUACGACAGAGCAGUGGAUUAUAUGCUGAUGAGUGGCGAAACGGAAAUUUGUGACAAUAUAUCAUUGGGAUGGUACGGGUACAUGGGAUUUGAGAAUGUGCCUACAAAACCCCCAAAACCUGGGCAGUGCGGAUCAUCAUCUCCUAUAUGGUUCGAAGGAACAUAUCCUUGGUACAAAGGGAUGAUGUCUUCAAUGAAUGCAUGUACAGUUGGAAUAUCAUCAAAUUGCAGCACCAGCUGGAACGUUACUGUAAAGAACUGUGGCUAUUACAAUGUGGCCAAAUUACCUCCCUUACAUAUGUGUGCAAAAUAUUGCAUGGAAUCAAAGAAUAAUUCCGACUGGAAUUCUAACUCAUCACAAUGGUAUUCUGGAAUGCAUACAUCUCCUUCAUUCAAUAAUACCUACAAUGGACCAUCUUCUCCGUCUUACUGGGAUGACCCGUGUUACAGUUAUAGCAUCAUAUCAAAUGAUUACGACAGAGCAGUGGAUUAUACAUUGAUGGACGGCGAAACAGAGUACUGUGAUAAUAUAACAUUGGGAUGGUAUGGAUACAUGGGAUAUGAGAAUGUACCCACAAAACCUCCUAAACCCGGACAGUGUGGAUCAUCUUCUCCUAUAUGGUUUGAAGGAAUAUAUCCUUGGUACAAAGGAAUGACGUCUUCAAUGAAUGCAUGCGCAGUUGGAAUAUCAUCAAAUUGCAGUACCAGUUGGAACGUUACUGUAAAGAACUGUGGCUAUUACAAUGUGGCCAAAUUACCUCCCUUACAUAUGUGUGCAAAAUAUUGCAUGGAAUCAAAGAAUAGUUCCGGCUGGAAUUCUAACUCAUCACAAUGGUAUUCUGGAAUGCAUACAUCUCCUUCAUUCAAUAAUUCCGGCUGGAAUUCUAAUUCGUCACAGUGGAAUUCUGGAAUGCAUACAUCUCCUUCAUUCAAUAAUUCCGGCUGGAAUUCUAAUUCGUCACAAUGGUAUUCUGGGAUGCAUACAUCUCCUUCAUACAAUAAUUCCUACAAUGGACCAUCUUCUCCGACAUACUACGAUGAUCCAUGUAACAGUUAUAGCAUUAUACCAAAUGAUUACGACAGAGCAGUCGAUUAUAUGCUGAUGAUUGGCGAACCAGAAAUCUGUGACAAUUUAACAUUGGGAUGGUACGGGUACAUGGGAUUUGAAAAUGUACCUACAAAACCUCCAAAACCUGGGCAGUGCGGAUCAUCAUCUCCUAUAUGGUUUGAAGGAACAUAUCCUUGGUACAACGGGAUGAUAUCUACAAUGAAUGCAUGCACAGUUGGAUUAUCAUCAAAUUGCAGCAGCAGUUGGAACGUUACUGUGAAGAACUGUGGCUUUUACAAUGUGGCUAAAUUACCACCCUUACAUAUGUGUGCAAAAUAUUGUAUGGAAUCAAAGAAUAAUUCCGGCUGGAAUUCUAACUCUUCACAAUGGUAUUCUGGGAUGCACACAACUCCGCCAUACAAUAAUUCCGGCUGGAAUUCGAACUCGUCACAAUGGUAUUCUGGGAUGCAUACAUCUCCGCCACUCAAUAAUUCCGGCUGGAAUUCGAACUCGUCACAAUGGUAUUCUGGGAUGCAUACAACUCCGCCAUUCAAUAAUUCAGGCUGGAAUUCGAACUCGUCACAAUGGUAUUCUGGGAUGCAUACAACUCCGCCAUUCAAUAAUUCAGGCUGGAAUUCGAACUCGUCACAAUGGUAUUCUGGGAUGCUUACAUCUCCGUCGUUCAAUAAUUCCAGCAACGGACCAUCUUCUCCGUCAUACAAUGAUUCCUACAACGGACCAUCUUCUCCAUCAUACUGGGAUGACCCUUGCAACAGUUAUAUCAUCAUAUCAAAUGAUUACGACAGAGCAGUAGAUUAUACACUGAAGAGUGGCGAAACAGAGUACUGUGAUAAUAUAACAUUGGGGUGGUACGGGUAUAUGGGAUAUGAGAAUGUACCUACACAUCCUCCAAAACCUGGGCAGUGUGGAUCAUCAUCUCCUAUAUGGUUUGAAGGUACAUAUCCUUGGUACAACGGGAUGAUAUCUACAAUGAAUGCAUGCACAGUUGGAUUAUCAUCAAAUUGCAGCAGCAGUUGGAACGUUACUGUGAAGAACUGUGGCUUUUACAAUGUGGCCAAAUUACCACCCUUACAUAUGUGUGCAAAAUAUUGCAUGGAUACAAAGAAUAAUUCUGACAUGUACCCCUCCACCACACAAGGGAAUAACUGGCACUGGAUGAAUACAACUUCCUCUUCAUUCAAUGGUUCCUGUGAUUUAAUGUACAUUAAUAUAAUAGAAAGUACCGAUGAUAGAAAUGUCAACAGUACAUUAGAAGGUGGUAGUAUGGAGAGCUGUGAUAACAUUACAGAAGGAUGGUAUCAAUAUGAAGGACUUGAGAAGAUACCAACGCAGCCACCUCUACCUGGCCAAUGCAGCUCUUCGUCGCCAAUAUGGCUACAAGGAAAUUAUCCUAAAUCUUUUGACGGUGAAAUGUCAAUAAUGAAAGCAUGUAUGGUUGGAACUACCUCAAAUUGUAUAAAAAGUUGGAAUGUUACAGUAAAAUAUUGUAGUGGACACAUUGUAGCCUAUUUGAAACCACUGGAUACUUGUGCCAGAUAUUGUAAAGUGUUUGUUUUAGAGGGCAUGACAUCCGGUGAAAAAGGAUCAACAACUCCUUCUUUUAAUGGAGAAAACAUAGAUCUUAAUAGUUAUAUAGGACUCUAUGUCGAGGCAGAAGUGCCAUCACAUGACACUAAUUCUGCAGACCGGCAAUUAAUGUUUAAAUGUAAAUAUUGGGAGAAAACAGAUGACACAUCUUUUUUGGAUGACUAUUCCUAUGAUGUUAAAUGGUUGAUUGACGACGAUGAAGUUAUUGUAAAAUCUAAUGUAAAAAAGGCAGAUCUCUACACGACAGGGAGAUUGAAAAGUAGCGAUUGGAGCAGUAGACCAAAGAAGAUAGGAUUCAAUGUAAAAUGUGGUGGUCGGGUACAUACAUCCACCAAUGGUGCUUCUUUUGUGGAAAGCGACGUAUUCUACGCUGGCAUGGAUGUGUGGCCCAAAAGUAUGUCAAUAUCUAGUGGACAAUCGGCAGAAAUUAAUGUCUGGUCAACAGUUCCAUUGGCUUGUAUUGGUGGUACUAGCAAUGCAUGCGAUGUUACAAUAGAAAUGGUUGACUUUAAUGAACAGUUCACAUCCGGUGCUCCAGCUUAUUGCAAUUCAUCAGUUACAGAGCUUACAAAACCUUCACUAUGUGGGUUGGUCUUAGACGGAUGGAAGACGAAUACAGAAUGGCAAAAGUUAAGUGUUAGUUUACCAGCCAAUUCUGCUCAAGAUCAAGAAUACCAGGCAAAACUAUUACUUCGAGUAAGCAGUGCAGCAUAUGACUCAGUCUGGACUAAUUAUCUUCUUCCAGAAAUAAGCAUUAGUGUAGUAAAUGAGAAUGUAACAGAUGAUUAUUGGAUGUGGUAUGGGUCUUGCUUUACUGGAUCUGAUCCAUGGUUUUCUACAUUUGAUUGGCAAUGGUAUGGUUUCCAUGAUGAAGGUGAAUUUACCCUUUUUCGGCAUAAGACCAAGCCCAUUGAAAUAAAUACGAUUCAGAGGCGACGUGAAAGCCAUCACACAUGGACAGAACAUUGUGCAAUAGCUGUUCGUGCAGCUUCGGAUGUUUUCAUCAUUUAUGGUUGUGGAAAUCCUCCAAAAUGGGUUGUGCGAAGACUAGGGUGCUCCAUUGGUAAUGAAUAUUUGGAGGUGUACAGCAGUUGGGGAUCUUAUGAGAUAGUUCUUCCAACUGGAACUCGGGUUCAUGUGUGGAUUUCUGGAAACAAAAUGCUUAAUGUUUAUAUUACCUUAUCUCGAGCUGACCUUCACGAAACUGAAGGACUUUGUGGAACAUGGAAUGGAAAUUAUGACGAUGAAUUUAUAGGUCGCGAUGGUAACAAUUAUCAAGAACCCACCGAUUUUGCAAGAACAUGGAGUGUUCCAGAAACUGAGAGCCUGUUUAUCAGUAAAACUAGAACUGAAAAGAUGGUCCAGUCGUUCAUGUAUUGUUCAUGUCUUGGUCAGACACUUAGUGGAUUGUCAUCAGAAGUAGAUUGUUCUUGGAAAGAGAGUCAGCCGGUUUGUCCGCCAUUAGAUAUGAAUAAAAAAUCUUGUUCAGUAAGGUCGAAGCGUUCUACCGACGAUGAAGGUGACGAAGAGUCAUUUGACAUAUCUGCUGAUGAGAUAGCAUACAUUGAACGUCCAGAAGUUAGCAUGGAUUGGAAAAAUGGUUGGAAUGCAUCCAGUGCAGAAAAUGCAUGUAAUAAUAAUUUUAAACAGUCUGUAUUAUUUGAUGCCUGUUCAUCACUGUCAAAUGUCAAUACUACUGCUGCUAUUACAAAUUGCAUUCAGAACAUUCAGCUUUCUGGAACGGACGAAUACAUGGACGAUUCGUUUGAACUGUUAAAAACAGAAUGUGCGAACGAAGUCAGAACAAAUAAUACCUUAUGGAAGGAGGAUGACAAUAGCGUAGCUAAACUUAUUGAUGACAAUGUCUGCCCUUUUGACUGCAAGUAUAAAGGAAAGAAACAUGGAGAUUGUAUAAAAAAAAUCUGUAACUGUUAUACGGGCUUUGCGGGUAAAGAUUGUAGAGUAAACAUGACUGCAGGUCCUGAUGUAGUAAAAAGAAUCUCGGAUGAAUCGUUUUGUGAUAAAUCAAUUAGCUCAUGCGGACAUAUCUCAAUUUAUGGUGAAAACUUUUAUGAAUCAGCUAAUCUACUUUGCCGUAUUGAAACUGCAAAUAAUGUGAAUAAUGAGUUGGUUUCCACUGGAACAUCAUUUACUACCGCUGGUGUACUGGAAGACGCCGGAGAAGUAAAAUGUCCAUUGACAACCGGAUCUAAACGUCGCAAGAAAAGGUCAACAGAUUCCUCAACUUUGACUUUCCAGCUUGUCUCUGUGACAAACGAUGGCGUGACAUACAGUGAUACUGUUGCAACUGCAUCAUAUGAUUCGGCGUGUUAUACAUGUACGACAAAUGGAUCAAAUGUCGUUUGUCAAUUAAGGUCUGAUAUUUGUGUUGUUGAUGGUAGCUGCCAUAGUUCUACAAGUUCAGAAUGCUCUACCGAUUCAGAUGCAACUACAGCAAGUUUAGUUUGGUUGGUAGGGGUAGUUAUUGGUCUAGUUAUCAUCUGUGUCAUCGUUUUCCUUUUAUUCAAGUGGUACAAGAAAUCAAAGUCAGUUGGUCCUAGCAAAAGAAAAGGAGAUGCCGAAUUACAGGAUGGAAUCAAGUUUGAUGCCUACGAAAUAUACCCGUCACCCAAUGUGCCACCUUCAUAUCAUCAAGUUGACAAAAAAGCUUUAUACGACUAUUGAUUUCAUACGUUAUCGUAUUUUGUUAGUGUGGCUAAUGAUUUAACACGUGUUUUGUAUUGCAGUUUUGUUUAAACAUUUUGUAUCUUUAAUUUUUAAUCAAAAUCUAAAGCUAAAUAGAACAACUCGAGUCUCGGUCAUCAAACUUUAAUCAGAGGUCGGAGUAAAUUAUUUGUGGUCGAAAAGCCAAAUCGAGUUUUUCAUUGUUUGAUUCCUGAGUCUGAGAACAAUAUUCGUACUCGAAAGUUUUAUGACCGCAAGGCCAGGUGUGACAUGCUUUAUUUUUUAUGUGUUGAACGAAUUGGAUUCACUGAUAUAUAAGACUUCUAUGAUGUUGUAAACCAAUAGAAUUAUGACUGAGCAUGAAAUCCCUAUCAUUUUGCAUAUAGGGAAACGUUUGAAAUUAUAACUACUAUUGUAGUAUUCCAUAAAAAAGUGUUUUUUUUUUGUUUUGUUUAAAUUUAUGUAAUAUUUAGAAACAUGUAUAGUUAAGUACAUUGUAUUUCUCCAUUUUCGAUCAAAAGAGCGUGGCGUAAGGUUUCCGGGUCACCAAAUAUUUUAUUGUAUAAUCUUUCAAUUAAUUGUUUUAGGGCGAUAGAGUAGAUUUUUAUUUUUACUAACACUUUUGUAGACUUGUGACGUCGCAAACCUGUCAUUAGCUUAAACAAAUUUACCUCUCGGUAAAUAAAAAUUC